AUGCCCCGCUCCACAACCCGAGAACCAGCCACCCUCAACCAUUACAUUCAUAGAAGCCCGGCCUCCACACCCGAGAACCAGCCCAACCCUCACCAUUACAUCAUAGAGCCCCGCCUCCACACCCGAGAACCAGCCCACCCUCACCAUUACAUCAUAGAGCCCGGCCUCCACACCCGAGAACCAGCCCACCCUCACCAUUACAUCACAGAGCCCGGCCUCCACACCCGAGAACCAGCCCACCCUCACCAUUACAUCACGAAGCCCGGCCUCCACACCCGAGAACCAUCCCCCAACACACUCACCAUUACUCACCAGGCCCCGCUUCCACACCUCGAGAACCACCCACCCUCACCAUUACAUCCAGAGCCCGCCUCCACCCCGAGAAACCAGCCACCCUCACAUUACAUCACAGAGCCCGGCCUCCACACCCGAGAACCAGCCCACCCUCACCAUUACAUCAUAGAGCCCGGCCUCCACACCCGAGAACCAGCCCAGCCUCACCAUUACAGCUUACAUCACAGAGCCCUGGGCUCCACACCCGAGAACCAGCCCACCCUCACCAUUACAGCUUACAUCACAGAGCCCUGGCCUCCACCGCCCCUACCCGAGAACCAGCCCAACCCUCACCAUUACAGCUUACAUCACAGAGCCCUGGCCUCCACACCCGAGAACCAGCCCAACCCUCACCAUUACAGCUUACAUCACAGAGCCCCGGCCCCCACCCGAGAACCAGCCCACCCUCACCAUUACAGCUUACAUCACAGAGCCCUGGGCUCCACACCCGAGAACCAGCCCACCCUCACCAUUACAGCUUACAUCACAGAGCCCUGGCCUCCACACCCGAGAACCAGCCCACCCUCACCAUUACAGCUUACAUCACAGAGCCCCGGCCUCCACACCCGAGAACCAGCCCACCCUCACCAUUACAGCUUACAUCACAGAGCCCCGGCUUACAUCACAGAGCCCUGGGCUCCACACCGAGAACCAGCCCACCUCACCAUUACAGCUUACAUCACAGAGCCCUGGGCUCCACAGCCGAGAACCAGCCAGCCCACCCUCACCAUACAGGCUUACAUCACAGACCCGGCCCCACACCGAGAACCAGCCCCCCUCACCUUACAGCUUACUCACAGAGCCCUGGGCUCCACAGCCGAGAACUCAGCCCCCUCACCAUUACAGCUUAACAUCACAGAGCCUGGGCUCACAGCCGAGAACCAGCCCAGCCCAACCCUCACCAUUACAGCUUACAUCACAGAGCCCCGGCCUCCACAGCCGAGAACCAGCCCACCCUCACCAUUACAGCUUACAUCACAGAGCCCCGGCCUCCACACCCGAGAACCAGCCCACCCUCACCAUUACAGCUUACAUCACAGAGCCCUGGGCUCCACAGCCGAGAACCAGCCCAGCCCAACCCUCACCAUUACGCUUCAUCACAGACUUCAUCACCGAGCCCUGUGCUCCACAGCCGAGAACAACCCACCCUCACCAUUACAGCUUACAUCACAUAGCCCUGGGCUCCACAGCCGAGACAGCCCACCUCUCACCAUUACCGCUUACAUCCACAGAGCCCUGGGCUCCACACCGAGAACCUCAGCCAGCCCACCCUCAACCAUUACAGCUUACCUCACAGAGCCCCGGCCUCCACAGCGAGAACCACCACCCUCAACCAUUUACAGCUUACAUCACGAGCCCUGGGCUCCACAGCCGAGAACCAGCCCACCCUCACCAUUACAGCUUACAUCACAGAGCCCUGGGCUCCACAGCCGAGAACCAGCCCAGCCCAACCCUCACCAUUACAGCUUACAUCACAGAGCCCUGGGCUCCACAGCCGAGAACCAGCCCAACCCUCACCAUUACAGCUUACAUCACAGAGCCCUGGGCUCCACAGCCGAGAACCAGCCCAACCCUCACCAUUACAGCUUACAUCACAGAGCCCCGGGCUCCACAGCCUGA